CUAUCCUCCAUAUUCGGGCCCGCCCGGGUAUCCCCCGCAGCAGCAACAGCAGCAGCAGUAUAAUUACCCCCCUCAGAGCUACGGCAGCCCGCCACCACAGUAUCAGCAGUGAGUUUCAGUCGCCUUCUUUUUCUUGCUUGGGCAAAUAAUCAAACAGACGCCUCGUGCUUGAUGCUAAUCAAUGCCCCAGACAAAUGAAUCCUCACCAUCAUCAUCACCAAGCGUCUUAUGGCGGCGGCGGCGGGGGAUACCCUGGUCAGGCCUACCGCCAACAACAACAACCACCUCCCAGCAAUCCUUACCCCUACGGUCAGCCGCCGCCCCAGGGCGGCUAUAAUGGUGGCUAUGGUGCUCCCCAAUAUGGUGGUCAGCAGGGAUACUCGAACCCUUACAACCAAGGCAGCCAGGGCAACGGACCUCCUCCUCCGCCAAGUGAACCGGUGUCUUUCGGUCAGGGCGCGCCGCAAGGCUACAGCUUCCAGUACUCUCGUUGCACGGGCAAGAGAAAGGCUUUAUUGAUUGGAAUCAAUUAUUUCAACCAGAAAGGUCAACUCCGAGGAUGUAUCAACGAUGUCAAGAAUAUGUCAACAUACCUGAAUCAGAACUUUGGCUAUGCUCGUGAGGACAUGGUUCUGUUGACGGAUGACCAGCAAAACCCUAUGAGCCAACCCACUAAGGCCAACAUCCUCCGGGCUAUGCACUGGCUGGUGAAGGAUGCGCAGCCUAACGACUCUCUGUUCUUUCACUACUCUGCAGGCCACGGCGGUCAGACCCCUGAUCUGGACGGCGACGAGGACGACGGAUACGAUGAGGUGAUCUACCCGGUCGACUUCCGCGCCGCGGGACAUAUUGUCGAUGACGAGAUGCACCGCAUCAUGGUCAAACCACUUCAGCCCGGAGUGCGGCUCACAGCGAUCUUCGAUUCGUGCCAUUCUGGAUCUGCCCUGGAUCUGCCUUACAUCUACUCGACCCAAGGAAUUCUCAAGGAGCCCAACUUGGCCAAGGAGGCGGGUCAAGGUCUGCUGGGCGUGGUCUCGGCAUACGCCCGGGGCGAUAUGAGCAGCAUGAUGUCAACGGCAGUGGGAUUCUUGAAGAAGGCGACCAAGGGAGACGAGGCGUACGAGCGUACCAAACAGACCAAGACAAGCCCGGCAGACGUGAUCAUGUGGUCGGGCAGCAAAGACGAUCAGACCAGCCAGGAUGCACAGAUUGCCGGACAGGCCACGGGAGCCAUGUCGUGGGCGUUCAUCAGCGCGCUCCGCAAGAACCCACAGCAGAGCUACGUACAGCUGUUGAACAGCAUCCGCGACGAGUUGGCUACCAAGUACUCGCAGAAGCCGCAGCUGAGCAGCAGUCAUCCCUUGGGUAAGCAGUGUCCUGUUGUUCCGGUAUAAUGUAUAAAGUAGGAAGCGGUUCUGACGGAAUAUAGAUGUGAAUUUGCGGUAUGUCAUGUAAAUAGGCGUUUGUGGGCUUCUUGGGUCGAGCGAUGGGGAGAGAAACAUUGGUGCCUUUCAUACUU